CGUUUAAUCAAAUGGAACCAGAGAGAGCGCAUGGCAGUAAAAGGUUGAGGAUAAGCCAUGGCCAACAUGAGCUUCAAUUUGAUGAGUCAUCAUCUUCUUCCUCCAACUUCCAAUCACUCAAUCCCCACAACCUCUCAUUGCCUCCAAAACCCGAAAUCCAGUUUGCAGAACUCGACCCGAAAGCCGAUAAUCCUCCCUAGUCUCCUCUCUCUAGCUCUCACUGUCACACUUGGCUCACCUUUACCUGUUUUGGCAAUCCCUUCUCUCAACUCUCAGUCCAAUGUAGCCCCUCCUCCUCCGACCACUCCAUUCUCUCAGGCCAAGAAUUUGAAGACUGGCCUUGAAUUCGGGAAAAUUAGACCUUGCCCAUCGAUAAAUCCUGGCUGUGUAUCGACAAAUCCAAGAUCGUCAUCGUUUGCAUUUCCAUUGGAGAUUCCUGCAAAUUCUUUAGACAAUGCAAUUCAGAGGUUGAAAGAAGCAAUCUUGGAAACUCAAAAGAACCCAAAAAUUCAGAUCGUGGAAGAUACUCCUGAUGGGCAAUAUUUACAAGCUGAGUUCGAUGGAGGCUUUGGCAGGGAUGUGGUGGAGUUUCUGGUGAAAGGAGACUUGGCUUCGUACAGGUGCAUGGCCACAAAAGUAACAUAUUUGUACCCUUUCACAACUGCUCUAGGAAAUUCACAGGGACAAGAAGAGCGGAUGAAGAAAAUUACUGACCAGUUGGGUUGGUAUGCUCCAAGUUUUGAAGCCAUGGACUAAUUAAUAAUUAAUUUGGAUUUUGUUAAUAGUUAAUGUGUUCAUGGUUCUUGUUUUUUUUAAUUUUCUUUUUACCCUUAUCUAUAUAUAUAUAUAUAUAUAAUUUGUACGAGACACAUGUUUGGAGCUAGUAUUUGAGUUUCUAUUUACAUGCCCGGUUAUAAAA